AUGUUUUCUUCAAGUGGUUGUCUCUUUUGUGAUCUUCUCUAUAUAAUCCCUCUCAUCACAGCUUUUUAUUUCUUGAGACAAUACAUUCGUGGUGGUCAAUUCAAGGAGAACGUGCGAGCAAACGGGAAAAUUGCUGUGGUUACAGGAGCGAAUUCUGGAGUGGGAAGGGCAUUAUGUGAGGAGUUGAAUAAAAGGGGAGCUAAAGUCUACAUGUUAUGUCGAGACGAGAAACGAGCCGCUCAAGCAAGAGAACAGCUUGUUGAGAACGGUUGUAAUGAUUCAAAUCUUCUCAUUCAAACAGUCGAUCUUGCCGAUUUCUCGUCGAUUCGAGAUGUUGUGAAAAUAUUGUUAACAGAAGAGUCCCAUAUCGAUAUUUUGAUCAAUAAUGCUGGUCUACUUGGUAUCCCACAAUUCGAGAAGACGAAAGAUGGAGUGGAGAAGACAUGGCAAAGCAAUUAUUUGGGUCAUUUCCUAUUAACCGAACUUCUUCUUUCAUCGCUCGAAAAAUCAUCGGAUCCUCGGAUUGUCAAUGUUUCGAGUAUAGUUCAUCCUUUAGCUGAUUCGAUCGAUCUCGAUUACGUGAAUAACCCAAAGAACUAUGGCCGAAUGAAAGCUUACAGUCGAUCGAAAUUGGCGAAUAUAAUGCAUUCUCGAGAGUUAUCCACACGUUAUCCAAAAAUUAAAUCUUCAUCUUGCCAUCCCGGCAACAUCAACAGCAAUAUUCUCUCGACAAGUGGAUGGAUAUUUCUCAAGGAUAUCUUCGCUCCAAUCUUUUGGUUUUGCUUCAAGACUGAAAUGGAUGGAGCACAAACACCGCUUCAUCUUGCACUCAGUCAACACCUCAAAGGAAACGGAUUAUAUUAUAGUGAUUGUGUUGUUGUGGAAGAGAGUGAAAAGGCACGUUUCGAUGGAGAUUGUGUCAAAUUAUAUGAACAGAGUCGACAAGUUGUACACAAAUGGUUA